CGUGGCCAAGUGCUGCAGCACCCCCUACUCGCUCGUCGGACUCACCUUUGCCGUCUCCUACCUGGCCCUGGGGCUGCUCCAGUUGGGCAAGCUGUACUUAAGCGGCUUUGGUGGCUUCCAGGAGGGCAGCUUCACGCACAGGGGCGUGACGGAAGGGGUGACGCUGCUGCUGCUGGCCAUCCAGACGGGCCUCCUGGGCCUGCAGCUCCUCCAGAGAACCUACCUGCUCACCAUCAUCCUCUUCAUCGUGGCCACCUCCACGUUGCAGUCCAUGAGCGACAUCGCCGAGCCCUUUCUCUUGGCGCUGGGGGCGUCCCAGAGCAGGAAUUUCUGGAAACACGUCCGUGGGGUGAGCCUCUGCCUGUUUCUCUUGGGGGCUCCCGUCUUCAUGGCCUACAAGAUCGCCCACUUCUUCCAGCUGGACUUCUGGCUACUGAUCCUCAUCUCCAGCUGCCUGUUGACCUCCCUGCAG